GUCAAAGAUAUGUCCUCAAAGAACUGCAGACAUAUUUGAAGCUAUUAUUGGGAAGACCUUAAACAUAUAUUCAAGAAUGGACAAGAGGGACACAGGGAAAGAAAGUGGAAGCAAUUCUCAUAUAAUUGACAUAGAAGAACCCUACAUUUCACUGGCAAAAUCCAUGGAGGCGAGCUUAGAAAAGUUGCCUACUUUGUCCUCUAAGCGUUGCAUCUACAGGGUUCCCCCCAAACUUCGAAAAAUCAAUGAAGUAGCCUACACUCCUCUCAUAGUCUCAAUCGGUCCACUUCACCAUGGCAAAGUAGGGUUACAAGCCAUGGAAAAACAGAAACGGAGGUACCUACAGAACUUUCUCAGACGAACCCAAAAAGGGUUGCUGGAUUUUGUUAAAAAAGCAAAUGAGGAGGAGGAAGAAAUACGCAAUUGUUAUGCAGAAACCAUCGAAUUUACAAGUGACGAAUUUGUAGAAAUGAUUCUUGUUGAUGUUGCUUUCAUCAUUGAAGUCUUGUGGGGUUCUAAGUACAUAUCCAUGGUUGAGAAGAAUGAUCCUCUAUUUAACAAUCCAUGGAUGAUAUAUGAUAUAAUCUGUGACUUAAGGCUACUUGAAAAUCAACUUCCGUUUUUUGUUCUCAACGAUCUUUAUAACAUGGCAAACUUCCAGGCAUUCCAGCCAUCUUUUGUUGAUCUGACCCGCGAAUACUUCAAGAAAACAGCGGACAAAGGAUUCUAUCUACCCGAAACUAUCUCCUCACAUGCGAAUCAUUUGCUUGAUUUCCAAAGAAAGUCUCUCAGACCAACAAAACCACGGCAGCCACCCAAAGGAACAGGUGGAUUGGACUUCAUACCUUGUGCAACAAAGCUUAACGAGGCUGGAGUUAUGUUUAAGACGGAAAAAGUUAGCAAGAACUUGUUUGAGGUGAAAUUUGUGGAAGGUGUUUUGCAGAUCCCCUAUUUAGAAAUAUUUGACCAAACAGAAGGCACACUACGAAAUAUGGUUGCCUUGGAGCAGUGUCAUUAUCAGCAAAGCUACAUGAGUGACUAUAUCACCUUCUUGGAUAUGCUUAUUGACUCUCCCAAGGAUGUUGAGUUACUUGCUCGCAGUGGAGUCAUCAAGCAUUCGCUAGGGAAUAACGAAGAUGUGUCGAAUCUAUUUAACAAACUCUCUAAAGAAAUUGGCGUAAACUUUAAAGAGUACUAUUUAGUGGAAUUCAUGAACAACUAAAUGAAUACUGCAAGAUUCCUUUGCACCAAUGGAGGGCAACUUUGAAACGCGAUUAUUGUGGGAAUCCAUGGGGUGUACUAUCUAUCACCGUGGCUGCGAUUCUUCUAAUGCUCACAUUCGUACAGACUGUGUUUUCUAUCAUCACUGUGCUUUGAGAAUUGAGAGAUGGUUACUUAUUUGUAAUUUCUAUAAAACUACUACACUCAUCACAU